AUGAAAGAUCUCUCCAUCAUCGUGGUUGGAGCGGGAAUUGGUGGGUUACAAACAGCGCUUGCUCUGGCUGCCAAGGGUUUCAAGGUCACAGUCCUCGAAGAAGUAGAGGAGUUUCGAGAAGUCGGCGCGGGCAUCCGAGUACCUCCAAACAGCAUCAUUCUAAGCGAGUCCCAUGGUGUCGACUUCAGUCGGAUAUCAAAGUGCGUAUCUCUCGGCAAUCGCUUUGUUGACUGGAAAGGCAAGAACCUACUCGACGUACCGUUCCAGGACAUUGAGGCGCAAUAUGGCGGUUCUUACUACUUUUUACAUCGCGCAGACCUGAUCAACUUACUGCUUGAUACGGUACGUGCUAACAACAGCAUCGAUCUACGCAUGGGCGCCAAAGUCGCGAGAUAUGACUUCGAUAGGCCAGCCGUCUAUCUCGAAGACGGUGAAGAACUCUUCUGCGACCUGGUCGCAUGCUCUGAUGGCAUCAAAUCUGCUGCAAGAGACACGAUCAACGGCAAGCCCUGUCCACCCGAAGAUACUGGAGACGUUGCAUAUCGAAUCCUUGUACCCGCCCAACCGCUCCUUGAUGACCCAGAUAUGAGCCAUCUGGUCACCGAGCCGUGGGCAGUACAUUGGAUCGGCCCGUCUGCCCAUGCUGUGGGGUAUCCCCUGAGGGACGGCAAGCUCUAUAACAUCAUCAUAGACAUCACACACGACACAGAUCCCUCCCCACCACUGUCCUUCUCGGAUUGGAUGCAGAAGCACAGCAACGAGGAGCUCGUGGAUCGCUUCAAGGACUGGUGUCCUGAAGUCCGAAAGAUCUUAUCGUUGACAGGCACAUACCUGAAGUGGAAGCUGGCCGACUUCGAGCAACUCGAUACUUGGGUGCAUCCCAGUAAUGCUGCGGUAUUGCUUGGAGAUGCCAGCCAUCCUAUGAUGCCCUACAUGGCGCAAGGUGCCGCCCAAGCCACCGAAGACGCCGCUUGCCUCGCAUCCUGUCUGGCACAUUUCGACAACCUCCCGGAAGCACUCCACGUCUAUCAGGAACGCCGCAUUCCACGCACAGCAUACAUUGCCAGGAACACACGCGUCCUACAGGAAUGGUGGCAUGUGCACGAUGGACCAUUGAAAGACAAGCGAGAUGCAGCUAUGGCGACGCAGGACAGCGACGACAAUCCGAUGUUCUGGGGCUCGAAGACGCGGCGGGAUUGGCUAUUUGGGUUUGAUGCGAGAAAACUGGAUGCCGAUGUCCAGAUGCCUUCGCUGCCGCCUGAGGUUGAUGCGGAGGAUAGUGUGUACAAAUACCUUCGAUUGCGGAGGACAGAGUGA